CCUGGAAAUCAUUCACCGUCAUCGUCCGCUGUCUGCUUGCUGUCCGCCACCAUGCAGGGUAGCCGUUACAUUGUGCCCGUCGAGCCUGCCACCGCUAGCAAUCGUGCCAACAACAAUGACAACAACAACACUGUUGUUAUCGAAGUACUACAGGAAGGUUCCCUCCCGCUGGAUGUUCGUCUGAUAGGUUGCGAGGGGGAGAAUCCUUAUGUGGCCCAUAUCAAACACAACGAGAUUGGAGACCUUGUAACCAAAUACAAGGGCUCCAGUCAGGAGUGGGAGCAUGUUUUGUCGCAUUUCCUGCUGCACCAGGAUACACCUCUUGCACACGACGUCCAUUUUGUAUACACCUUGCUGGCCGACUCUCUCAAACUGUCUUUCCAGCAGCAUGUCGAGGGCAUCAAGGUGACCUUGGGUGAAAUUGUGCUUCCAAUGGACGACUCAGAGGAACUGAACCCUUUCGAGUGGGCACAGGUAUCCGCACAACACCAUCGACAGACCCUCGAGGAGCUGGCAAAGCUUAAGUCGGGUGCCAGCGGCGAACAGAAUACAAUCAAAAAACUCCAAGCCCAGCUCGAUGAGUUCAUCGCCACCAAGAACGACACAGAGAAGGAAAUGUUACAACAAUUCAUGCAGCUCCUAAAUGAAAAGAAGCGCAAGAUUAGAGAUCAAAGCCGCCUGUUAGCAGGUGCGCAGAUUGAUAAAGCUAAGGCAAUGACGGUCACGACAGCACGAGAAAGUAGCGGUACCAAAACUGGCAAGACGGUAGCAUCACGUCCGUCGAAACGCAAAGCUACUAGCAGAGUGGAGCCGGAGCCUGAGCCUGAACCAGAGCCGUCAACAAACAAUGAUGGCAUGGAAGUAGAUGGGGAUCAGGACUCGGGAAGGGAGGUUACCCCAGAUCGAUUGACAGAUACAGAGACGGAAGACGAAGGGGAUCUGCAAACGGCACAGCUGGAGAAGAAAGAGGCAGUGACGAUGGCAGCUAAACGCGAACUGCCAUUCGAAAGGCGGUCUGCACGCAAUACGGCUGGUACAAGAAAGGUAGCACAUGGUCCCACAGUAGACGGCGAUGAGACGGAAGACGACGAGCUCUGA